CCGGUGUGAGUGGUGCGCGCGCGUGCCUGUGUGCGCGUUUGACCCCGGAAAUCAAAUGUCAUUGCCCGACGCGGCUAAUUUGGCGAUUGUUCCUGCUCCUUGGGUUUUGGACAAUGCUCGCGGCGGGGACCAGCCGCACCUCCACCAUCGGAUCAACGGCGUCGCUGCCCGCGCGCUCUGAAGAAGCCCUGCUAGGAUUGUCCGCUUGAUGCGCGAGCUCCCAGAGACUGCAGUUGUCAUUGAUCCGCCGCCCGAGCCUCUUCUGAUAGUGAAGGGAUAAAUUAGCCAAGAUGAUGUGUGAGGUGAUGCCAACGAUCAGCGAGGACACGGCACUGAGCCAGCGUGGCUCUCAGAGCAGUGCCUCGGACCCUGACUCCCACUUUGAGCAGCUGAUGGUUAAUAUGCUGGACGAGAGGGACCGGCUGCUGGACACAUUGAGGGAAACCCAGGAGAGUCUCGGACUGGCUCAGCAGCAUCUUCAGGAUGUCAUUUAUGACCGAGAUUCCCUGCAGCGCCAGCUCAGCUCCGCCCUGCCACAGGAGUUUGCUGCACUGACCAAGGAGCUGAACGCCUGCAGGGAGCAGCUGCUGGAAAAGGAGGAGGAGAUCUCUGAGCUCAAAGCUGAGAGGAACAACACCAGGCUACUUCUGGAGCAUCUUGAGUGCCUGGUAUCCAGACAUGAGCGGUCACUUCGGAUGACGGUGGUCAAGCGGCAGGCUCAGUCUCCCUCUGGAGUCUCAAGUGAGGUCGAAGUCCUCAAAGCACUCAAGUCCUUGUUUGAACACCACAAAGCCCUCGAUGAGAAGGUAAGAGAGAGACUACGAGUGUCACUGGAGAGGGUGUCCGCCUUAGAGGAAGAGCUCACAGCAGCCAAUCAGGAGAUUGUGGCCUUACGGGAGCAAAAUGCUCACAUUCAGAGAAAAGUUGCAUCGGGAGAGGGAGCAGAGGACAUCCUGGAAGGCGGUGAAGCCCAGCAGAAGGUCCACGGCAAGCGUCUGUCCAACGGCUCUCUUGAGUCGGCCCGCGAGGCGAGCCAGGUGGUGGAGCUGCAGGACCUGCUGGAGAAGCAGAACUACGAGCUGGCCCAGAUGAAGGAGCGCAUGUCCUCACUGUCCUCCCGGGUCUCCGAGGUGGAGCAAGAGCUGGAGACUGCUCGCAAGGACCUCAUCAAGUCGGAGGAGAUGAACAACAAGUACCAGAGGGACAUCAAAGAGGCCAUGUGUCAGAAGGAGGAUAUGGAAGAACGGAUUGUCACGCUGGAGAAGCGCUACCUGAGCGCCCAACGAGAGGCCACCUCGGUGCAUGACAUCAAUGACAAACUGGAGAACGAGCUGGCCAAUAAAGAAGCGUUCCUCAGACAGAUGGAAGAGAAGAACAGGCAGCUGCAGGAGAGGCUGGAACUUGCCGAGCAGAAGCUCCAGCAGACCAUGAGGAAGGCUGAGACGCUUCCAGAGGUGGAAGCCGAACUGGCUCAGAGGAUAGCUGCACUCACAAAGGCGGAAGAGCGUCACGGGAGCAUUGAGGAGCGAAUGAGGCACUUGGAAUGCCAGCUGGAGGAGAAGAACCAGGAGCUGCUGAGGGCUCGACAGAGAGAAAAGAUGAACGAAGAGCACAAUAAGCGACUCUCAGACACGGUGGACCGACUUCUGACAGAGUCCAACGAGCGUCUGCAGCUCCACCUGAAGGAGAGGAUGGCAGCUCUAGAGGAGAAGAACAUGUUAAUCCAAGACUCAGAAGGAUACAGAAAACAGUACGAGGAGUCGAUCCAUGAAAAAUCGCAGCUGGCAGAGGAGAUUGAGAAACUGAGAUCAGAGCUCGACCAGUUCAGAUUGAGGGCAGGCUCCCUCACAGAACCCACCCUGUCACGGUCUCAUUUGGACACAUCCGCCGAGCUUCGCUUCUCUCUGGGAUCUCUGGCUGAAACCCAGUCCGACCACUACCGCUCAGCCAAAGUCAUCCGCCGGCCAAGAAGAGGUCGAAUGGGCCUGCGGGAGCCAAAGGCCAAAUCUCUGGGGGAGCAUGAAUGGCGCUCACAGCAGUUAGGGGUCCUGGGUGGUCAUCACUUCGAGAGCGACACAGAGAUGUCUGACAUAGAUGACGAUGACAGGGAAACACUGUUCAGCUCCAUGGACCUUCUCUCCCCCAGCGGCCACUCCGAUGCACAAACGCUGGCCAUGAUGCUGCAGGAGCAGCUGGAUGCCAUCAACAAGGAGAUCCGGCUGAUACAGGAGGAGAAGGAGUCAACAGAGCUGAGGGCGGAGGAGAUUGAGAACCGGGUGGCCAGCGUUAGCCUGGAAGGCCUGAACUUGGCAAGAAUGCACCACCAUGGAGCCUCCAUCACUGCCUCAGCCACCGCCUCCUCCCUGGCCUCCUCUUCCCCACCCAGCGGACACUCGACACCUAAACUGGACCCUCGGAGUCCAGCCCGCGACAUGGAGCGCAUGGGGGUCAUGACACUGCCCAGUGACUUGAGGAAACACAGGAGAAAGAUAGCAGCAGUGGAAGAAGAUGGCCGAGAGGACAAGGCCACCAUCAAGUGUGAAACGUCCCCUCCUCCAACGCCACGCACUGUACGAAUGACACACACACUGCCAGCCUCCUCGCACAAUGAUGCACGAGGGAUCGUGGCCUCUCUGGAGGCUGAAGCUAGUGCCCUGAGUAGUGUAGCCAGCAGCCAAGACUCCCUUCACAAACAGCCAAAGAAGAAAGGCAUCAAAUCCUCCAUCGGACGGCUGUUUGGCAAGAAAGAGAAAGGUCGACUGGCACACCUAGCACACAGACAGGUCAUGGUAGAUCCACAAGCAACAAUGAUGGACCCUGACAUGUCGGGCCAGGACAUGGGGGUGGGCAAGUUAGGAACUCAGGCUGAGAAGGACCGCAGAUUGAAAAAGAACGGACAUGAGCUUUUGGAGGAGGCCAGGAGAAAAGGCUUACCAUUCGCCCAAUGGGAUGGCCCGACGGUUGUCGCCUGGCUCGAGCUGUGGUUGGGAAUGCCGGCCUGGUACGUGGCUGCGUGCCGUGCCAAUGUGAAGAGCGGCGCCAUCAUGUCGGCCCUUUCUGACACAGAGAUCCAGAGGGAGAUCGGGAUCAGUAACCCGCUACACCGGCUCAAACUUCGCUUGGCCAUCCAGGAAAUGGUCUCCCUCACCAGCCCCUCAGCCCCCCCCACCACCAGGACCCCGUCAGGCAAUGUAUGGGUGACCCAUGAGGAGAUGGAGACCCUGGCAGCCCCUUCCAAAACGAAGUCAGACUCUGAAGAGGGGAGCUGGGCACAGACUCUGGCUUAUGGGGACAUGAACCAUGAGUGGAUAGGGAACGAGUGGCUGCCCAGUCUUGGACUACCUCAGUACCGCAGCUACUUCAUGGAGUGCCUGGUAGACGCCCGCAUGCUGGAUCACCUCACCAAAAAGGACCUGAGGGUACACCUUAAAAUGGUGGACAGCUUCCACAGAACAAGUUUACAGUACGGCAUCAUGUGUCUGAAGAAGCUCAACUAUGACCGGAAGGAACUGGAGAGACGCAGGGAACAGAGCCAGCAUGAGAUGAGAGAUGUGUUGGUGUGGAGUAAUGAGCGGGUCAUCCGCUGGGUGCAGAGUAUAGGCCUGCGGGACUAUGCUAACAUCCUCCUGGAGAGCGGUGUGCACGGGGCUCUGGUUGCUCUGGAUGACAACUUUGACUACAGCAGUCUGGCACUGCUCCUCCAGAUUCCCACCCAAAACACUCAGGCACGUCAGAUUCUGGAGCGAGAAUACAAUAAUCUGCUGGCACUGGGCACGGACCGGAGGCUGGAUGAGUGCGAUGACAAAGACUUCCGGGGUCCAUCGUGGCGGAGGCAGUUCCCUCCUCGGGACAUCCAUGGGAUCAGUAUGAUGCCUGGAUCAGCAGAAACGCUCCCCGCUGGCUUCCGUCUCACCGCGACGUCCGGUCACUCCCGAAGACUGCCCCCUGAUGUCGGACCAUCGGCGGUGCAGCGACUGGACAGCUCCACGGUGAGAACCUACUCCUGCUGAGAGGAGGAAGAGGGGGACCUUUAACUGUACGCUUUGCAGUUCUGAAUGGAGACUUCCGGCUGGAGCUGCUGGACGGGCCGACCUGAGGAUCAAACCAGUCUGAUGACACGCACUGCCAAGAAAACCCUGCUCCAUCCUUCUGAACGUGGGCACCAGAAGCUGGUGCUAAACUGUCCUGCAGGCUGCCCUCUUGUCACCAUUUCUACCUUUUACAUGUACAGCAACUUGUCAGAGCAUAAUGUACUGUGUUUUUCUUCUACAGAAGAUAUGUAGGUCAUCUGUAAAUUAAUAUAAAUAUGCCAUUUUUAAUAUAUAUACACAUCUAUGUAUAAAAAGAUAUUCAGAGUUUGUGCAAAACAAAAACAAGAACAGUCCCUGCCACCUCAUUUAGUGGACCAUAGAUUAAUAUAUGCUGCUCUCUGGACUUCCUCCAUAUUCCCUGUUCUUCUAGGUCAUUUUGUACAUAUGGUUUUAUUUUUUCAAUGUGCUGAUGAUGACUACGAUGAUGAACCAUAGAGAGGAAGAGACUCUGUGUGUUGUGUGAAAUCUUGCCCUUCUAGUGGUGCCUCAUUCCAGCACCGAUAACCUCCAUCGUCUUUUCUUACGUACCCGCCGUCCCAAGAGGAGGAUGCGUCGACACACUGGAACAUGAAAAGCACUUUCAUACAACUACUUCAACUCAACGGACUCUUUAGUAGCCAAGGACAAAAACGGGAGGCUGUUGCUCUCCGAAGUUGCACAAAACGUCCUCAGAACAAAAAGACAACAGUACGCCGUUUGUAGAACCCGUCACUUCUUGUACUGUAUGUUUCGUCAGGCGACGCAUUAACACAAUCGACUCUUACAGCCGAGCUGGCCUUCUCCUCCCGAAGACACCACGUCAACAGAACAGAUGAAAUAACUGAAAGACAGACCGCUUUAGCUCAUAGUUUGUGUAGAGUGUAUAUGAACAUGUUGAAGUGAGGUGAUUUAAUGGUAAAAAAAACCUGUUGCUUGCUGUGACUUACAUUUGGUGUAACUGUUAACUCUUCGUUUUUGUCCGUUUCCAGGGUGAUCUACUGUGUAGCCCUGUUUAUCUGUCUUUUAGUUAUUUCUGAUGGACGACAAGACAAGUCUUACACUUUUUCAGUUGUUUUUACAUCAAUUUGCACGAACGAGGAAUCAUUUGUCCCUUUUUUUUUAUUUAUUCUUGUACUUUGGUCAAAACUAAGUGGUGAGCAAACAAAUUUUCAUUGUCAAUAAAACAGGAAAAACCUG